AGGCCUUUUGUGACAUUGUUAAGUUUCAUUUUACACAUUAGAAAUGAGCACCACCACUAUGAGUUGGUAUAUUUAAAAUAAGUGACAUCUCUCCAGUAAGUAAGCAAGCAGUAAGUACGCUGAAAGUCCUGCAUCCCCACAGAUGUGAAAGAUGAGGCAGAAAAUGUCUGGAGGUUCCCUGCUCAUACAAAAGACAACCAGCGCUCCUGUGGAGAAUUUAUCAGAACCAAACAUUGACCUGAUGGCUUUCAAUCUGAACCAGAGCCAUGCGUUGUGUCUCCCCGUGGUCUCUGACGAUCAGAGGCUUAUAUGGGUGCACUCAAAUGAGUUCAACCUACAGCUGGAUGGUGCAGAAGAGCUGGACAAGGCCUUCGACCAGUUUCCAUACCUGACGGAGAAACAGACAGCUACACUGGCACAGCGCUGCUCCUUGCACCCAGACCAGGUGAAGGUGUGGUUCAUGAUACAGAGGCUCCGCUAUGGCAUCAGCUGGGAAUUUAAAGACAUCAGCAAGGUUCGGAGGCAGUUCAAGUUAAGUCAGGAGGAGGCAGAGCUGCAAAACAGGAAGGGGGAACAGAAAGAGGAUGGAGACAAGAAUGAGAAAUGUAAAACACCUGAUGAGAAGAAGGCAGGAGAGGUUAGGGAGGAACAGGGUGCAAGUGAGGGAAGGAGAAGUGGGGAAAAUGUGGAGGCUGAUGAACUAUUGGAGAGAAGAAUGAGGCAGGAGCAGCUAAUGAAGAAAGACAAGGAUGGAAAAGUAGAAGAAAAGAAAAGGAAUACUCAGAGGAAGCGGAAAAGGACGACGGUGACAGACGAGGUGGGAAUUAAAAAAACAAAGCAAGCGGAGGAGAAUAUUGUUGAAGGGGCAAAAGAAGCAAACAUAGGAAGUGAAUGUCAGAAGUCCACUCAGUCGGAGAUAACGCUUUUUACCAAUAGGAAGCCAAAAGCAAAAACGUCUGUCCAUAAAAGUGGGGUACCCAAUGAGACACAGGAUGCAAUGCCCCUGCUCAUCCCUUUGGUUCAAACUCAGGCCCCCAACAUGCCUCCUCUCACUGACAACCAGACAGAAGUGCUGGGAAAAAAUGACGACACUCCUCCUUCUACCUCUAAUAAUGGAAAGACCCCUGAGAAAAGUCACUGUGAGGAGAAAUCAGAAACGCACACGCAAACAGAGUCAACAACCACCAAUGGCGGCAACAAUGAAAACACAUGCGCAAUUCCCACUCGUGUGGUACCCAAAACAAAGACGCAGUUUCAGUUGACGAGGAUGAAGGAGGCUUUCACAGAAUGCCAGUAUCCAGACAUUGAGGCAUACAACAGGCUGGGUGAGUUGGUUGGAAUGCCGCGCUACCAGUUGGUUCAGUGGUACGGAGACAUGCGCUAUUAUAUCAAGAGAUUCAGGCCGCACUGGAUGACUAGCGAGCAAUACGGCCAGGCUGUCGCCAACGUCAGGUACCGGCAGAGCCUGAGAGCACUGUGGAAGAAGGAGGCCAAAUCCUGUGCACCGAUUUAACCCCUCAAUGGGAAGUAAUUUAAUCCUUUGUUCACGUUUUAAAGGAGGCAUCAGAAGAAGUUUGUUCACUUUGAUUUUGUGUUUUUGAAAGACAUUUGUUCACAUGCAUUUGCCUCCUCUUUCACAUGGAAUGUAUCUCUGUUAUUUUGUUAUUGUUAUUACUUGACCUGUUUGCGGUCAUGAUGUAUGUACAGUCUUUUUUCAUUUGCAACGUAGAUGCAAUUUUCACAUCAACGAUUUCCAUUUGUACUGUGCAGACGUUUUUAUUGUCAUUCAAGUAAAACAGUUUAUGUUGUUUGAA